CGAUUCCUCUCCCUUCUGAACACUUGUUAUCUUCUACUCUUCGACUGCAAAAUAAAAAUUUUGUACUGAAGAAAAGCAAUCGAAAAAAUGAUUGCUUUUCGCGAAUUGGAAGUGUAAUUCAGUCCAUAAACCGCAUAAAAACUGCAUCGCACUCUUAAUUGGAUUGCUAUGGCGUCUUCAAUUGCAUCUUCAAGUUCAGCUACUAUUUACUCAUUCCACAGAAAACCAAUUUCGCAAAACCUAAUUUUAUCCCCAUUUUCCAUAUCCUUCCCGCUCCACAAAGCUCAAUUGCGCGCCGUGAAGACCAGGUCGGACGGCGGCGGCGGCAGCCACUUGUUGAGGAAGCCGGUGGCGGCGGAGUAUUCGGAUGAUGAUGGGAAGCGCGGAGAUGGUGAGACGUGGGUGGAUUGGGAGGAUCAGAUUUUGGAGGACACUGUGCCUCUUGUUGGAUUUGUUAGAAUGAUUCUUCAUUCUGGAAAGUAUGAAUGUGGCAAUAAGUUGAGUCCUGAACAUGAGAGAACUAUUCUAGAGAGGGUGCUUCCUUAUCAUCCAGCAUAUGAAGACAAGAUAGGAUCUGGAGUUGAUUACAUCACGAUUGGGUACCAUCCUACUUUUGAAAGCUCGAGAUGUCUAUUCAUCGUUCGCAAGGAUGGAGAUUUGGUCGAUUUCUCAUACUGGAAAUGCAUAAAGAAAAACUACCCUUUAUACGCUGACAGCUUUAUUCUCAGACAUUUUAGGAAGCGUAGGUAGGCGCAACGACUGAAGGUAAAUUUUUUCCUUAAUCAUGUCAUAGUACUGAGCUGAAUAGUUGGAUACUGUCAAUCUGAAUAUAGCUCGGUUGGAUUAUGAAUGUUUAAAUGGAAAUAGUAGCUCUGUAUUAUCAUUAGCAGUUUAUUAAUUGGCAAUAAAAGCCAGGCAUUUUUCUGUUGUAAUUUUAGGAUGAUGUUUCUUCUAUAAUUUUGUAUUAUUUGAUUUUGUUGUAAAAUGACUGGCUACAUUUUUUGUGUUCCAUGAUAUCCAUUAGUAUUUUCUUUUUGAUUCA